ACUCUCUCCUAUCCUGUAUGGUCUAUAUCCAGAGUACUCGCUCUCCACAGAGCUUGGAUUUCUUUCAAAGGAAUGCUUUAACGUGUACCGUGAGCUUAAAGGAAACAAAAUGGGGAAAGUGAACGUCUGUUUAAAACGGAGUUGCCUGAUUGUGUUAAGUCUGAUCGCGAUCAUCAGUUUGUUGAUGCUGGGUCUUGCUCUGUAUUCCCACGGGUACUUCCACAGAGAGCAUGAGGCCGAGGAAAAUGCAUUCAGAGGCCUACAUGCCAUCUAUGUUAUUUCUGCCGUCACUCUGGCCUUAACCAUCAUCGCAGUGUUCGGUAUCUGCAAGGAGAAGAAAUGGGCGCUGAUAGUGUUUACGGUUAUCAUGAUUCUGUCCUGCCUGUACAUGCUUGUGACUGAAAUUAUGGGGCUAGCUCUGCAAAAACAGUUUAUCAGUGGAAUGAAACAGCAAUACAUGGAACUGUUGCCACUGGCUAAUGCUAGUGAAAGUGAAUACGGCCUCUUCCAUAUACAGAGAGAAUUUCAGUGUUGUGGUCUGGAUGAAGGCUAUCGGGACUGGGGCUACGACAUUCCAGAAUCUUGCGUAUGCACCAUAGAGUCCACUAAUCCGUGUGUGGAGGGUCCUAGAAACAGCACCCUGUAUGGCAAGGCGGAUGACCAACCCGUCAUGAUCUACGCCGAGGCAUGUCUUCCGCUGAUCAUAGCGAAGGAUGUUCUUCUCUUCCAAGUCGUACUGAGCAUAAUGCUUAUAAUCACGUUAUUGUGGGUGUUGUCGGUGGUGUUGUGUAUCGCCAUCUUGUGUCAGCUGAAUCGGAAGCCAGACACCCCCGCAGUGGUCUACAGCGCGGAGGCAAAAGCAGGGAACUAUACCACCCUCACAGAUGCUGCAGACUACACCUGAUGGAGCGCUGUUAAGGAAAAAAACAAACAACGGGAUUACCACAAGGAUACAAAAUGUGCUUAUGAUGAUUGUCAGUAUCCAACACGCUGCAUGAAAAACUUGUUUUCUGUUUCUUUAUCUUUGGUUGAUUUUGCUUUAGCCCUCGGAACCUUGAAGCAUUUAUUCAUUACUUUUGUUUUAUAUCUCUGAAAAAAAGAUUUACUAUAUUAACUGUUAAAUACAGACCAUGCCAGAAACAGCACAUACUGUGAAAGAUUUCCUUUUAUUUGUGAUAUUCACACACAGUUGCAUCCACUGUCUUCAACGGGCAUCAGAAAGGAAACGAAGCGCAUUAACUACUUAAUACAUUUGACCUCUACUGUGGUAUUUUCACCCUUAGAGUAGUUUCGCAACUUUAAACUGAGAUGGUUACAGUUAAUGGCGAAAAUAAAGCCCUGGUGAAUAUCAUGUGUAUAUGUUCUGGUGUAUUUUAUGCAAGUUUUUUUUCUUUUCUUUUUUUUUUCUAAAUUUGCAAUUAUAUUUUUCCAUUUGUAAUACUUAAUUUCUUAUAGCCUGUCAUUGCUACAAAUUGAUGUUAAGGAUCGGCUGCUUCUGUUCAUGGGGCCGUAUCGGUGCCAGAUAAUAACGUGCAUUGCAAAAUAAACAUAUCCAAUCUCUUUUA